AUGUUGUAUGUGCUGGACUAUGGCGCAGGCAAUAUCCAAAGCCUAGCGAACUCGCUGACCAAGCUGGGGUACUCGUUUGAAUGGGUCAAAGAGCCGGCCGACUUGGCCAAGGCCGACAAAUUGCUGUUUCCUGGUGUCGGGUCGUUUGGAAGUGCCAUUGAGGCGCUGCAUACCAAAGGGUACUUUGAGCCGCUGCGUGCGUACAUUGAGAGUGGCAAGCCGAUCAUGGGCAUCUGCGUCGGUAUGCAAGUGCUGUGUCAGGGCUCUGAAGAGUCGCCGGAGGCGCAAGGGCUGGGCAUCGUCCCUGUCCGUGUCCGCCGCUUUUCGACGCACGAUGGCGCGAGCAAGCGCAAGGCCGUGCCGCACAUGGGCUGGAGUACGGCGAAUGUCGUGACAUGGGAUGCCGAGGACGAUGUGCGAGCGACGGUAGGCGCGCAGUAUGGCCUCUCGACGUUGCGUCCUUCGCACUUGUACUUUGUGCACUCGUACUGUGUGCCGUACACGCCUGAUGUGGCGCCAUGGGCGCUCGGUACGACGCAGUAUGGCGACGAGACGUUUGUGUCGGUGAUCCAGCGUGGGAAUGUCUUUGCGACGCAGUGCCAUCCUGAGAAGAGUGGCGCGGCCGGUCUGGCACUGCUGCAGGCCUGGCUCGAGCAGGCGCCGGCCGCGUGUACCAAGGCCCACGCGGCAGAGCGACAGCAUGUGCGCCCCUGUGCGACGACGCACACGAUGCCUACGCGCCGUAUUGUCGCGUGCUUGGACGUGCGCAGCAACGACGAUGGCGACUUGGUCGUGACAAAAGGCGAGAGUUACGAUGUGCGUGAGCGCAGUGCGUCGAGUGCUACGGCGCAUGUGCGGAAUAUGGGCAAGCCAGUCGAGUUGGCACAGCGAUACUACGAGGAAGGCGCAGACGAAGUAGCGUUCCUGAACAUUACGUCGUUCCGGCAGUGGGCGUUGGGCGAUCAGCCGAUGCUCUCGUUGCUCAAUGUCGCCGCAGCUACGAUGUUUGUCCCGCUGACGAUCGGCGGAGGUAUCCGAGACUUUACAGAUCCUGACGGCACGUUCCAUCCUGCGCUGAACGUCGCGCAUGCGUACUUCCGGGCGGGCGCAGACAAGGUAAGCAUCGGCAGCGAGGCCGUGUACGCCGUAGAGCAGCUGCUCGCGCGCGCGCGCGAGGCAGGGAGCACGUCGUACGAUCCAUGCGACGCACCAGCCACGGCCCUUUGUGGCGAUACGGGCAUCGAGCAGAUUGCGCACAAGUACGGCGUGCAAGCGGUCGUGGUCAGUAUCGAUCCUAAGCGUGUGUACCUCGACUCGACCGAGGCUGUGCCGCCCGCGCAUGCCGCGAGUCUCGUGGAAGGUGUGGAUGAGCGUGCAGACAGGGCCGGGCAGCGAGCGCGGUGGUGGUACCAGUGCACGGUCAAAGGCGGCCGCGAAGCGCGUGAUCUGGACGUCGUGCAGCUGGCGCGUGGCGUAGAGCGACUGGGCGCUGGCGAACUGCUGAUCAACAGCAUCGACCGCGACGGCAGCAACAAGGGCUUUGACGUGCAGUUGAUCGACUUGAUUCGCGGCGCCGUCUCGAUUCCGGUGAUUGCCAGCAGCGGCGCCGGCACGGCCGAGCAUUUCUGUGAGGUGUUUGCCGCGCGGCCGGCCGCGCACGGCGCGCCGAUCGAGGCUGCGCUCGCCGCCGGUAUCUUCCACCGCCGCGAAGUCUCGAUCCACGCGGUGAAGGAGACGUGUGCGCGUGCCGGCUACGAUGUGCGCUUGGAUGAUGGGAUAGCAUAA